AUGAAUUCAGCUGAAAUCACUGAUGAUGAUGAAGUAAAAUUUCCUACAAAAUGUGUUGUGAAAGUAGAAACAGAAAACGAAGACGAAGCUCUAGACUGCUCAGUAACAUCCAGAUCUGCUGAGAAACACUCACUGGAUGGUGCAGUUACUUGCCUACAGGAUUCCAGCAAACGGAAACAGACCUCACUUGGUUGUGAUAGUUCAGGGAGCCAGCAAGAUGUCUUAUCCAGUGUGAAGAAAAGACGCUUUACACAAGAGGGCCCCCUCUCAAACAUGAAGAACAGAGAUACUGGCUCACCCACUCAGGUAAAUGCAGAGCAGCCGAACAAGAACAAGAAUCCUAACAUAACGUGGCUCAGUGAGGAAGAAUCCUUCAGUGACAUAACCACUCCAUCUUACAAAAAACCUCUCUAUGGCAUCUCACACAAAAUCACGGAGAAGAAGAACCCACCAGGAGCAGAGCAGUUUGCUUCUUAUGAGUUGUUUGAAAAAAUCAACCUCAGCAGUCCCUCGCCUCUUCGGACUUUGAACGACCAACGCAAAAGGGACUCGGCUGCAACCAUUGCCGUAACAGCGGCCACCGCGGAUUCUGACCCAAAUAUAUAUUCUUUGAUACAGAAAAUGUUUUACACGCUUAACACUCUCAAUACCAAUAUGACUCAGCUUCACAGUAAAGUUGACCUGUUGUCUCUGGAGGUCAGCAGAAUUAAAAAGCAAGUCAGUCCAGCAGAGUCUGUUGCAGACUUCAAGCCUCCCCCGGAGUACCAGCUGACUUCUGCGGAGCUCAAACAAAUUAUGGAUCAAAGCACAUCAGGCGGAGACCUGGCUUGCCGGUUGCUAGUGCAGCUCUUCCCAGAGCUCUUCAGCGACAACGAGUUGAGCAGAAGCUGCAGCGCGUGCGGCUUUCUCAACAAAAGGAAACUUGAAUCUCUUCAUCUGCAGCUUAUCCGUAACUACGUGGAAGUUUGUUAUCCUUCUGUGAAGAAUACAGCUGUGUGGCAGGUGGAGUGUUUGCCUCAAGUCAAUGAUUUUUUCAAUAGAUUCUGGGCUCAAAGGGAAAUGGAAAACAGUCAGCAGAAUGUGCAGUCGUCCAGUUUUUAUGAAGCUGAGCAGGUCGAAUCCUCUCAUUUUAUGGAGGCUAAAGAGCAGGAGGAGGCUUUGUCCUUGGACAGGAGUAAUGCCAUUGCCUCGGAUUACAUGCUGGACGCUCAGGAUCUCAAUGAAUUUUUAGAUGAAGCUACUUCCCCAGGGGAAUUUUCUGUUUUUUUAUUACACAGGUUGUUUCCGGAACUCUUUGACCACAGAAAAUUAUCUGAAAGGUACAGCUGCUUUGGAGACUCUGGAAAACAACUGCUGGAUCCUCAUCGGCUUCAAAUAAUCCGUAGGUACACUGAAAUUUACUUUCCAGAUGUGCAAGAAGAAGAAGCCUGGUUGCAGCAAUGUGUUCAGCGAAUAAAUGAUGAACUUGAAAAUACGUAUAUGGAUGGAAGUGAAUGUGAUCAGAUGAGAGAUGACUGUUACGACUCUUCUAGUUUACCCGACGAUGUAUCAGUCAUAAAAGUGGAAGACAGUUUCGAAUACGAAAAGCCUGGCAGACGCUCAAAAAAAAUUUGGCUUGUACCCAUAGACUUUGACAAACUUGACUUUCCCCCUCCUGAUUUUGAUGUCCCUGUCCCAGAUUACCUGUUGAACAAAGAACAGAUUAAGAGCAUAUAUGAAAGCAGUCUUUCCAUAGGCAACUUUGCCUCUCGAUUGCUUGUUCUCUUAUUUCCUGAACUGUUUACUCCCGAAAACUUGCGGAAGCAAUACAACUGUAGCGGAUCCUUAGGGAAGAAACAGCUCGACCCCACUAGAAUUAAAUUAAUUCGACAUUAUGUGCAGAUACUGUACCCCAGAGCAAAGAAUGACAGAGUGUGGACAUUGGAGUUUGUUGGGAAGCUUGACGAGAGGUGUCGACGAAGAGACACGGAGCAAAGGCGUUCGUACCAACAGCAGCGGAAAAUCCACGUGCCAGGGCCUGACAGGAGGGAAUUUCUCAGCUAUGUAAUAAACCCCGAGAGGUUUCGCGAAGAGUUCGAAGGGCCGCCGCUGCCACCAGAAAGAAGCAGCAAGGAUUUUUGCAAGAUACCACUCGACGAACUCGUGGUUCCUAAUCCAGACUUCCCUGUGCCUUCUCUGUAUUUGCUGUCUGAUAAGGAGGUAAGAGAGAUAGUGCAGCAGAGCCUGUAAGUCGGCAACUUUGCUGCCCGGCUUCUCGCCGAACUCUUUACUCCGGAGAAUCUCAGACUGCAAUACAACCAUUCAGGUGCUUGUAACAAAAAACAGCUCGAUCCCAUCAGACUGAGACUGAUCCGUCAUUACGUGGAGGCAGUUUACCCUGUGGAGAAAAUGGAAGAAGUAUGGCAUUAUGAAUGUAUACCGAGCAUUGAUGAAAGGUGCCGGCGUCCUAAUAGAAAAAAGUGUGAUAUACUGAAAAAAGCAAAGAAAGCAAAAAAAGUGACAGGCUCUUUAAGUUCCUAA